GGAUGGGGCGGUCCUUGGGCAGCCGCUGUGGAUUCUGGGCCUGGCUUUCUGCGCCUUUAUGUGUUGCGGGGAAGGAAAGGGCCGCUUGUCAACCUGCUCGCGCUGGUUUGGAUUAGCGCACUGGAGCAUUUCCGAGGUCGUGGCGGAGCCCGGUGGAGUUGGGGGUUCGCAGACGUAUCCGAGCUUUGUCAUUUCAGCAUUCUGCCUUGCCCUGUGAGGACGAAGAUCAACUAAGUUCCUGGUCUAACCCAGUCCAGAACUGUGCCAUGGCAGAGACUAAGGAAGAGGAGACGGUGUCAGCAGAAGCCUCAGGGUUCUCAGACCUGAGUGACUCGGAGUUUCUGGAUCUAGAAGAUUUCAAAGAGUCAGGUGCUUUACUUAGUAAGCCUGGCCCCUCAUCCGAACUCCCCGAAAAGGAUGGCAACGUCAUAUGCUUACCGAAGUGGAAAAGAGAAUUGGAUAGCUCAUCACCCAUGGAGCGAUUCCACCUUAAAUAUUUGUAUGUGACUGACCUGUCCACUCAGAACUGGUGUGAACAGCAAAUGGUAUAUGGGAAGGAAUUUCCUGGUUUCUUGGCACCCGAGAAAGCAGCUGUUUUGGACACUGGUGCCAGCAUCCACCUAGCCAGAGAGCUAGAAGUUCAUGAUCUUGUAACUAUCCCCAUCACCACUAAAGAAGAUGCUUGGGCAGUUAAGUUUCUGAACAUAUUAUCAAUGGUUCCUACUCUGCAGUCAGAAGGGUGCAUCAGAGAGUUUCCAGUGUUUGGAGAAAUGGAGGGUGUGCUUCUUGCUGGAGUAAUCGAUGAGCUGCACUAUACAGCCAAGGGGGAACUGGAACUUGUUGAACUCAAGACACGCAAACGCCCUGUGCUCCCUCUGGAAGCCCAGAAAAAAAAAGACUGUUUUCAAGUCAGCCUCUACAAAUAUAUUUUUGAUGCCAUGGUACAAGGUAAUGUGACCACUGCUAGCCUAAUCCACCAUGUAAAAUUGUGUCCAGAAAAGCCACUGGGACCUUAUGUGUUGAGGCAUGCCCAGAAGGGAGGCUUCUCUGUGAAGUCCUUGGGUGACCUUAUGGAGCUGGUCUUUUUGUCUCUAACACAGUCUGACCUCCCAGUUGUUGAUAUUAUGAAAAUUGAGUAUAUCCACCAAGAGACUACCACUGUGCUGGGUACGGAGAUCGUGGCCUACGAAGAGAAGGAGCUGAAAAGCAAAGUGCAGCACUAUAUGGCCUACUGGAUGGGCCAACGAGAGCCUCAUGGGGUUGAUGUGGAGGAAGCGUGGAAAUGCCGGACAUGCAACUAUGCAGAUAUCUGUGAGUGGAGGAAGGGUGGUGGGGUGCACAGUUCCAUGCUAUAGCCCCAAGCCAAAAAAGCCAGAUGAACAGAAGGUAUGCCUUCAGAAACCGAUCCUUUCUGCUCCUGAUGUACUCAACAGAGUGAAAGAGGACCAGUCUCUGAUCUUCGCUUUCAUGGAGACUGUUCCUAUUUUGGUUCUUUUUAUAGUUCCUCAAUGGCUAACUCUUCAAAUUCAGGACCAAGGGUCAGGGGUGAGUGGGAGAGAUCUGGGUUUAUACUGUACCUGGAGUUUUGCCAUAGAUUGCCAAACAUAGCUGGAGUAAAGGUAUCCUUCAGCAGUCACUGCUUUCCUAAGAAAAUUCUUCAGUUUCUGUUAAGUCCCUUUCCUAUUUUUCCUUAAUCAAGGUUUUCUACAUUUUGCAUAAUAAAAUGAAACACUGUC